UCGCGAUUGGCCGGCGCGCCCGGGUUAAAUGCAGCCAGCGCGGGAACCGGCGGGUCCUGCGGGGCCGCGGCAGAGGGUGCCUGGUCCUGCCAGCUUCCCGGAGGCGCCAUGAGCUGCAUUAACUUGCCCACCGUGCUGCCUGGCUCCCCCAGCAAGACCCGGGGGCAGAUCCAGGUCAUCUUCGGGCCCAUGUUCUCAGGAAAGAGCACGGAGCUGAUGAGACGGGUUCGUCGCUUCCAGAUUGCCCAGUACACAUGCCUGGUCAUCAAGUACGCCAAAGACGUCCGCUACAGCAACGACUUCUGCACACAUGACCGGAACACCAUGGAGGCGCUGCCAGCCUGCCUGCUCCGGGAUGUGACCCAGGAAGCCCUGGGCGUGGCUGUCAUUGGCAUUGAUGAGGGGCAGUUUUUCCCCGACAUCGUGGAGUUCUGUGAGUCCAUGGCCAAUGCUGGGAAGACAGUGAUCGUGGCUGCGCUGGAUGGGACCUUUCAGAGGAAGGCUUUCGGGGCCAUCCUGAACCUGGUGCCCCUGGCUGAGAGUGUGGUGAAGCUGACUGCGGUGUGCAUGGAGUGCUUCCGGGAGGCUGCCUACACCAAGAGGCUGGGCACGGAGAAAGAGGUUGAGGUGAUUGGUGGGGCGGACAAGUACCACUCCGUGUGUCGCCUCUGCUACUUCAAGAAGGUCUCAGGCCAGCCCACCGGGCUGGACAACAAGGAGAACUGCCUGCUGCCAGGAAAGCCGGGGGAGGCAGUGGCUGUCAGGAAGCUCUUUGCCCCUCAGCAGAUCCUGCAGAACAGCCCUGUCAACUGAGGGGCCUGAGAAGGGCCACCUGCUGCCGCCUGGCGGAUGCCUGCCUGGCCU